AUGAACAGUGAGUUAAUUAAAGACUUAAAGAGUUUAAAUUUAAAAGAUUCUAAAUUUAAGCAUAUUAAGAUAGAACGCUUACUGGUAUUUCAUAGAAAUCUUAAGAAAGGAAUAAUAGAUAAUGUUUUAUUAAAUCUACCAAUAAAUCCAGAAUAUGAAUUUAGUGUAAAACAAAGAAGAUUACUAGAAGUGGUGUUAUUUGUUAUAUUUAAGAAGAAGUUAUACAAUUAUGAAGAAUCAGAUAAACUUGAGAUUGUUAAACAAAAUAAUCGUUUUAAUAUGAAACUUAAUGACUUUACGAAUGCAGAAUUACAGUACGCAAUUAAACUUUUAGCUUCUAUUAAAGUAGAUUGGUAUAACACUAACUUUAUCUUUCCAAUUGGAACUAAAAGUAACGUAUUUAAUACACUUAAGGAGUGUAAUGACUUUAAUAUUAAAGAUAUUCAAAAGUGGAGAUUUUUAGUUAAAAUUAUUAACAAUUGGUCAGAUACUAGAAGAGUGUUAUGUAAAAUAGGCUUUAAUAGAGGAUUACCAUCACAAGAAUGUUAUGUGAUGAUGUUAGAUAUUAAAUUUAUGAAUCUUUAUAUUAAAGACUUACCAGCAGGAUGUGGUAGACUUGCAUUAUGUAUGAAGAUUGUUAAAUUAAUAGAAGAUCAUAAAAAUUUACCUUCUAAUUUAUUAAGCUUAAUUAAGAAAGUAAAAUCUAGUUAUGAAAUCAUUCAAAAAUGCCCUAUUGCUUAUCAUAUUAACGCUAAAAGUGUUCUUAAAGAUUCUUCAAAAUCAUUUGAUAAAGAAUUCAUUCAUUAUUUAGAAAUAUUAGGAAUUCAUGCAUUGAUUUUAUUUCCUAACAGUUUAAUAACUAAAAACUUUGUUAAAAAAAGUGCUGGUUUAAAUUUGUAUAGAAAUACAACAGAAUGUUAUGUUUCUAUUAAAGCUUCUUUGUAA